CCAUUCUUCUUUUGUGUUUUGUACACUACUCUCUCCUAACGAAUUCCCUUCUCCCUCUUCUCUCUCCCUUAACGAACCUCCUCUUACACACAUAAACACACAUACAUACACACACACACACACACACACACAUUCAUCAUGGCCCCCGCUGUCGGUAUCGAUUUGGGAACCACCUACUCCUGUGUGGGUGUCUUCCGUGAUGACCGCAUUGAAAUCAUCGCCAACGACCAGGGUAACCGCACUACCCCCUCUUUCGUGGCUUUCACCGACACCGAGCGUCUCAUCGGUGAUGCCGCCAAGAACCAGGUCGCCAUGAACCCCCACAACACCGUCUUCGAUGCUAAGCGUCUGAUCGGUCGUCGUUUUGGCGACGCUGAGGUCCAGUCCGACAUGAAGCACUGGCCCUUCAAGGUUGUCGAGAAGGGUGGCAAGCCCAUCGUCGAGGUUGAGUUCAAGGGCGAGGCCAAGCAGUUCACCCCCGAGGAGGUCUCCUCCAUGAUCCUCACCAAGAUGCGUGAGACCGCUGAGGCUUACCUCGGUGGCACCGUCAACAACGCUGUCAUCACUGUCCCCGCCUACUUCAACGACUCUCAGCGUCAGGCCACCAAGGAUGCUGGUCUCAUUGCCGGCCUGAACGUUCUCCGUAUCAUCAACGAGCCCACCGCUGCUGCCAUUGCCUACGGUCUGGACAAGAAGGCCGAGGGUGAGCGCAACGUCCUCAUCUUCGAUCUUGGUGGUGGUACCUUCGAUGUUUCCCUCCUGACCAUUGAGGAGGGUAUCUUCGAGGUCAAGGCCACCGCUGGUGACACUCACUUGGGUGGUGAGGACUUCGACAACCGCCUCGUCAACCACUUCGUCAACGAGUUCAAGCGCAAGCACAAGAAGGACCUCACCUCCAACGCUCGUGCUCUCCGUCGUCUCCGCACCGCUUGCGAGCGUGCCAAGCGUACCCUCUCUUCCGCUGCCCAGACCUCCAUUGAGAUCGACUCUCUCUUCGAGGGUAUCGACUUCUACACCUCCAUCACCCGUGCUCGUUUCGAGGAGCUCUGCCAGGACCUCUUCCGUUCCACCAUGGAGCCCGUCGAGCGUGUCCUCCGUGACGCCAAGAUCGACAAGUCCUCCGUCCACGAGAUCGUCCUGGUCGGUGGUUCCACCCGUAUCCCCAAGAUCCAGCGUCUCGUCAGCGACUUCUUCAACAAGGACGCCAACAAGUCCAUCAACCCCGAUGAGGCCGUUGCCUACGGUGCUGCCGUCCAGGCUGCUAUCCUGUCCGGUGACACUUCCUCCAAGUCCACCAACGAGAUCCUCCUGCUCGACGUUGCCCCUCUCUCCCUGGGUAUCGAGACCGCUGGUGGUGUCAUGACUGCUCUCAUCAAGCGUAACACCACCAUCCCCACCAAGAAGUCCGAGACCUUCUCCACCUACUCCGACAACCAGCCCGGUGUCCUGAUCCAGGUCUACGAGGGUGAGCGUGCCCGUACCAAGGACAACAACCUGCUCGGAAAGUUCGAGCUCACUGGCAUUCCCCCCGCCCCCCGUGGUGUUCCCCAGAUUGAGGUCACCUUCGACCUUGAUGCCAACGGUAUCAUGAACGUCUCUGCCAUCGAGAAGGGUACUGGAAAGACCAACAAGAUUACCAUCACCAACGACAAGGGUCGUCUCUCCAAGGAGGAGAUCGAGCGCAUGCUUGCUGAGGCCGAGAAGUUCAAGGCUGAGGAUGAGGCUGAGGCUUCCCGUAUCCAGGCCAAGAACGGUCUCGAGUCCUACGCUUACUCCCUCAAGAACACCAUCAACGAGGGCAAGCUCACCAUCAGCGAUGAGGACAAGCAGAAGGUCACCUCCAAGGUUGACGAGGUCAUCAGCUGGCUCGACAGCAACCAGACCGCCGAGAAGGACGAGUACGAGGCUCAGCAGAAGGAGCUUGAGGGUGUUGCCAACCCCAUCAUCUCCGCUGCCUACGGUGGUGCCGCUGGUGCCGCCCCCGGCGGUGCUGCCCCCGGUGCUACCCGCACUGCUGACGAGGUCGAGGAGCGCCCUGAGGAGCUCGACUAAAUGCUUUAACCAGCUGCGGUCUCGAUUCUUUUCUUGUUCUUUCUUCAUUAUACCUCCAGCCGUUUGCAGAUAGGCGAGCGGUUUUAAUGGAUCUGCUUGUUUCUUUUUCCUAGUAUCAUGUUAACGAAUUUAUGGGAAUCACUUUUUCUUUGUCUAUGCAUAGAUUCGAGUUGCUAGUUGUUACUGCAUGAUGACUUGCUCUGCAGACUCUGGGAGGGAAAAAGUUUCCUUUCGACGAAUACAUUACCUUAAUUCAAAUUCGUGCAAUUGUAGAUACAAUGGACUCUUCAUAUUUAAUUCGCCCACUUCAUUGUUCACUUGAAAUUGAACAUUGUUGUAUCCCGUCAUAACUUUCUUGUCUAGACCACCUAGUCUGAUUUCUACCACAAUACUAAACUAGUUAGUUAGUACUUUAUAAUGAUCUGGGAAUAUCUCAAUCAAUCAUCGCAUCAUAUGUAAUCAGUAAAGA